UUGCUUCAUCAUCAGUGUCUAUUGCAGAGCAAUGGGACAAAGUCCCUACCGAUAUAUCUCCGCCACCCGAGAUCGUACACGUAGAACCUAUUGACGAUAAAUCCGAACUUCCUUCCGAGAUCUCUCCCAGCUUACCUGUAAAUGAUGAACCAAAAACCAGUAACGAAGAAGAGACAAAGUCUCGAAUCUCUGAUUCAACUCCCACCCAGAUAGCAUACCCGCCUGGUUAUUUAACCCGAGAGCAACGAGAGGUACGUCUUCAUGAAAAAGCCAUCGAACUUGGUGAAGAUCCCGACAAAUUCGUUACUAUAACUGAUAAAGAUAAGCUCGAUUCCAUAGCAUUCCGUGAUAGAAUGCAGACUGAUGCGAGAAUGUGUAGUUUUGCAAAGGAGGCUGAAGAAGACCCCAGUGAAUAUAUGGAUAUGACAGUGUGA